AUGGCUCCUCGUCGACCCCGCUCGCUGCGCCCACUGGCAUUUGGCUCCUCGAAACCGACCUCCUCUCCAGGGCCUCCUUCGCCAACCUUCUCAGACGCAACCCAUGCUUCCGCGAUGAACUUCGGUGCUGAUGGCCCAGCAAAGAUCAUCACCCGCUCCAACCUAAAAGCCAGUCUUCAAUCCUACGAAGAACUUAUGAGCACUUGUAGUAACUAUCGCAGCGCUCUUCUGAAUAUGUCCAAAGCCACUGCGGGCUUUGCGGAUGCUAUGGAAAGAUGCAGUGGGUUGAAAGGCCCAACCUAUGAAGCAGGCACUCGCCUGCAGGCAGCAUCAGGGAUGCAUCAUCUGAUAGGAAACCUAUGGCAUGUUUUGUCAGAGGCACUUGACAAAAAUUUUGAAAAACCCCUACGUCAGCACCUGGAAAACUACCGAACCGUCGUUAAUGAACGGUCUGCAUCCUAUGAACGCGCUCUCAAAGAAAAAAGUCACAUAAUCCGAGACACGGAGCUGCGUAGUAUGAAUCGGAAGGAGCGAAAUCUUCAAAGUUUCAGAGAAGCUUUAUCUGUACUUCAACGCCAAGUAGAUGAUCUAGAUGAACUCAAGGUCUCCCAUUAUCAUGAGAUCAUCGAGCAUGAGGAGGAGGUUUGGAAUGUAGUUCAAAGCAAGGUCUGCGUCGCCGUUCGUUCAACAAUGGACGUUUUUGAUAAAUUCACCGCCAAGGCUUCAGAUCCGGUCAUUGAACCUAUGCUGCAGUCCGUUCCAGACCCCUUUGAUUCCUACGGACCACCACAAGCAGAAGACCAAAUAUUUAGCAUUCUUGCUCCCCUGUCGAUCAUGACAAGCGCGCCUUCGUCCUCUCCGAGUCCGAUGACAGGAACACCUGAACGUGAACCCAUGACAGGUCUCCCUUCUUCCAUGUCAAAGAUCACUUCUUGGCUCCCGAAUACGAUAAACGGCAACCCUUACCCCCCUGAAUCAUCGGAAUGGGCUACACCUUCGACGCCUCCCCGCUCUGCUUCACCACCUGCAAUCAACCGAAGACAUUCGGUACCACCAGGCCAACGGAAAUCGUCGGAAUCAAAGCUCCGUUCAGUCUUAUCGGUUAUUGAUGAAGCCCGUCCACGCCAAGAGAUGGAAACAAGCUCACUUCCCGAGUCAACACAACCGCCCACCGUCACCACCAGGUCACUGCAACGGGAUACAAGUCAAGAUUCGGGGUGGGAUUUCACAUAUGGACGAUCACCUUACGAGAAUGGUCAGGACGGCGACACAACACCUCGACAUUCAUCACUUUUCUCGUCACAUUCUCCACCCCCAGACUCGGACCCAGGCCUUGUGUUGGAAUGCCGAGAUUCCGAUGACCUGGUGCACUCGUCUUAG